UGGAGUGUGGAGAAGAAGAAAAUGCUCCCCACUGAAUUAAAAGAAAGCAGAAGAGCUUUUCGCUCCAAAGGUGCUCCAAAGUUUGGAAGCCUGUGAAACUUGACUUUUCUCAUCGAUGCAAGGUGGUUGAUGUAUAUAUAUAGCACAGGACUUCAACACCGUGUAGCCAGAGAGAAGUUAAAGAUGGGCAUCACGUACAUGUGCGCUUUAAUAUUAUUGUCAUUAUUGCUUCAUUCAUUUAUGUUCAUUGCGGCAGAUCAACGGGUGGCCGGAUUGGAAACUAUCAUAGCAAGUGGCCACGUGCACGGGGGUAAUUUUUAUGGCUCUCCUCCACCACCUCCCCCCGAGUGUCACCCACCCCCUCCAAUGUGUCCUCCACCUCCACCUCCGCCACCCGUACGGCUGGAGAGAGCUCGCAAAGCGCUUAUCAAAUUCACUCGUUUGGUGGAUGACCCAAAUGGAUAUACGAGUAACUGGAAGGAGGGUAGAGACACUUGUGAGUUCAGGGGGGUGCGAUGUGCAAAAUAUCCAGACGGACAGCAAGCAGUUGCGGGAUUAGACCUGAAUGGAGCUGGCCUCUCUGGAAAAAAAUGUACAGCGCUCAUGCUCACCGGCAUCUUGGACAGCAUACCCGAGCUCACUUUCUUCCACGUCAACUCCAACAACUUCAGCGGUGCCAUCCCAACCGACAUCACCAAGUACAAAUUUUUCUUCGAGCUAGAUCUCAGUAACAACAAACUGGAGGGUGAGUUCCCGAAGGAAGUGCUCCAGCCCAAGCCCAAGGACCAGCAGCUGGUGUUCCUUGACCUCAGGUUCAACAGUCUCUGCGGCCCAAUUCCACCGCAGCUCUUUGACUUGGAUCUGGAUGUGAUUUUCAUCAACAACAAUAAGUUCAGUGGCCAUCUCCCCGAUAACUUUGGGUCCACACCGGCCAGGUACCUCACUUUUGCCAACAACCAGCUCACGGGCCCAAUCCCGGCAAGCAUUGGCAAAGCCUCCAAAACCCUCACCGAAGUCCUCUUCUUGGGCAAUCACUUCCAGGGUUGCUUGCCCUACCAAAUUGGCUACCUCGAUAAGGCUACCGUCUUUGAUGUCAGCAAAAACUCCUUAACGGGUCCCAUCCCACACUCCUUUGCCUGCCUGCAAAGCAUCCAGUACCUCAACUUGGACCGCAACCAGUUUUACGGAGAGGUUCCUGAGAUGCUGUGUCUUCUCCCUGGCCUCCGCAACAAUGGGAACCUCUCCUUAUCCGACAACUAUUUCACUCAGGUUGGCCCUGCAUGCAGGAACCUUAUCAAAACCAAUGUGCUGGACGUCAGCUACAAUUGCAUUCUGGGGCUUCCAAAUCAAAGGCCGCACGGACAAUGCACAGAAUUCUUCUCCAAGAUCAAGCCCUGCCCAAAUCCAAAGUAUCUCCAUUACGUCCCUUGUAAAGGAUACUACCCGCACACCCACCCCGCCGCCACUGCCACUCCUCCGCUCACUUACAACUCUCUCAACCCCCAUCAUCUUCAUCGCUAGCCAGCCAGCUAGCUUCUCGUUCAUCCAUUUCAUCUCCCUCAUACUUACUAUACUAUAUAUAUAUAGCUGCAUCACGUGGAUUCGUUUAUAUAUAUGGAUCAGAUCAACUGUACUAUAUAAUUAAUAUUAAUAUUAAUUACCGUACAACAUCAUGUGGAUUAAUUUAUGGAUCAACUGUACUAUAUAUCAUAUGUUAUUACUAAGUACGUGUAUUUACCUACACGUGUUUGUCAUGUAUCUUGUCAUAGUUUGUACGCUGAUUAAUGAAUAAGCAGUUUGUUCGGACUA